GAUUUUCCCGGAAACCAGAAAGAGCAAGAGCAAACUGAGCGGACUCCUCGGUCGGCAAGUCCAUGACCAAAGCCCAACAAGGGCGAAGACCACUGUUGUGACUUGCCAUUCUCUUUCGUCUUUCUUCCCCCUUUCCCCACUCGACGCACCCUCGCCGUCAAGUCUAGGGUUUAGCGGAGCCUGCAGCCGUCUCCCGGCACCACCCGAGCCGCCCAUGGACGUCGACUCCGAACCGUCCGCCGAGAGCAAGCCCGCCCAGAUGGACCUCGAGGACCAGGCGGACGCGAAGGGGAAGGGGAAGGCCGAUGCCGCGGAGGAGGAGAAAGGAAAGGGGAAGGGGAAGGGCGACGAACUCGCGGACUCCAUCGGGAGUCUAUCUAUCGGCCCGGGGCGCGCCAACUUCAAGAAGAAGCCGGUGAUCAUCCUCGUCAUCGGCAUGGCCGGGACUGGGAAGACCACCUUCAUGCAUCGUCUGGUGUGUCAUAUGCAGGCAUCGGCGAACAUGAGGGGUUAUGUGCUCAACCUUGACCCUGCGGUGAUGACACUGCCAUUCGGAGCCAACAUUGAUAUCCGUGAUACCGUGCGCUACAAGGAGGUGAUGAAAGAGUACGGACUUGGUCCCAAUGGUGGCAUUCUUACCUCACUCAACCUGUUCUCAACCAAGUUUGAUGAGGUUAUAUCUGUUAUUGAAAAGCGAGCAGACCAGCUGGAUUAUGUGCUGGUGGACACCCCAGGGCAGAUUGAAAUCUUUACUUGGUCGGCUUCAGGAGCUAUCAUAACUGAAGCUUUUGCAUCAACAUUUCCAACAGUUGUUGCAUAUGUGGUUGACACCCCCAGGUCGACAAGCCCUGUGACCUUUAUGAGCAACAUGAUGUAUGCAUGCAGUAUCCUCUACAAGACCCGUUUGCCUCUGGUGCUGACAUUUAAUAAGGUUGAUGUAGCCAAGCACGAGUUUGCUCUUGAGUGGAUGCAAGAUUUUGAAGCAUUUCAGACAGCUUUGGAUUCCGACUCAUCGUACACAUCUUCAUUUACCCGGAGUCUCUCUCUUGUGUUGGACGAAUUCUACAACAACCUACGCUCUGUUGGAGUAUCGGCGGUAUCUGGCACUGGAAUUGAUGCAUUUUUUGAAGCUAUAGAAGCAAGCACUAAUGAAUACAUGGAGACUUACAGGGCUGAUCUUGACAAGAGGAUUGCUGAAAAGGAGAGACUAGAAGCUGAGCGUAGGAAUGAGAACAUGGAAAGAUUGAGGAGAGAUAUGGAGAAGUCCAAAGGACAAACUGUGGUGCUCAGCACUGGUUUGAAGGACAAAACUCCUGCCUCAGAGAUGAUGGGGGACGCGGAUGAGGAGGAAGAAGAGGAGGCGUUGGAGGAUUUCAGGAUUUCCGAGGAUGAUGAUGAUGAAGAUGAAGGAGAAGAUGAUGAAGUGACUCAUUUUGGCUUUUAAGGUUGAUUGAGUUGAACAGGGCGUUUACUGGAGGGUGUUCAGGAGGACCCGGUGGGGAGUGGUGUUUGUUUCCAGGUUAUUACAGUGGAAAUGAAAUGCCAUCGAUAUCACUAGGUGGAUGACUGCCGUUAGUCUGUAAAUCAACUCGCACUUUACCAAACUCGCUGCAAUCUCAUCGAUGAACUGAACUGUAUUCACUGGCUACGCUGUACGAAUUGUCUCCUUGACUUGUUCUGCACACUUUUUUGAAAACAGCUGGAGCGGUAAUUCGGUUACUUGCUUA